CUUUCACCUUGACUGGGCCCCAUUAGUAAUGAUCUGAAGGAUUUAUCUGCAUUAUAUCGGAAUUUCAUUGGAACGAUACGAGCGAGCAGGAGCGUCUGUUUGUGGGCGGGGCUUGAGGGGAGAGAGAGAGAGAGAGAGAGAGUGUUUCUCUGUGUUGUCUCUUUAACUCUGUGUCUCUAAAACAGUUGAAGUGUGUUUCUGCUCGAUGAGGUUUCUAUGAGGUGAAUAAAUGUUGGUUCAGUUGAUCUUCAGGACGGCUGCAGCUUUAAGAACUUCUGCUUGUUGGAGUUUGAGAGUCUAAAGUUCACAGAGACGCUCCUCCUCCUGGAUUAUAGACAAACUAGAUAACCUCUCCCAGAUCUGAUCAGGUCCAAAGUCUGAAGAUGGGUGUAACCAACAUAAACGGAGCUGACUUUAGAUCAGAGCUCAGACCAGGAAAUAAAACUCAGUCAGUCAGUCGUCGACAGCGAGUGUUGAAAUGGCGCAGAAAGGAGUUCAUCUGGACUGUGAGUCUUUCUCUUGUUCCAUCUGUUUGGAUCUUCUGAAGGAUCCGGUGACUCUUUCCUGUGGACACAGCUUCUGCAUGAGCUGUAUUCAAUCCUACUGGGAUACUGAGGAUGAGAAGAAGAUCUACAGCUGUCCUCAGUGCAGACAGACCUUCAUACCGAGGCCUGUCCUGAAGAAAAACACCAUGUUAGCAGGUUUAGUGGAGGAAGUGAAGAAGAGCGGACUCCAAGCUGCUCCUGAUGGUUCCUCUGAGGCUGGACCUGAAGAUGUGGCCUGUGACGUCUGCAGUGGGAGAAAACUGAAAGCUGUCAAGUCCUGUUUGUUCUGUUUGAUCUCAUUUUGUGAAAAACACCUCCAGCCUCAUUAUGAAUCUCUUGCCUAUGCAAAACACAAGCUGGUGGAGCCCUCCAAGACGCUCCAGGAGAACAUCUGCUCUCGUCAUGAUGAGGUGAUGAAGAUCUUCUGCCGCACUGAUCAGAAGUCCAUCUGUCAUCUCUGCUGUUUGGACCAACACAAAGGCCACGACACAGUCUCAGCUGCAGCAGAAAGGACUGAGAGGCAGAAAGAUCUGGAGGAGAGUCGAGGAAACAUCCAGCAGAGAAUCCAGGACAGAGAAGAAGAUGUGAAGCUGCUCCAACAGGAGGUGGAGGCUAUCAACGGCUCUGCUGAUAAAGCUGUGGAGCACAGCCAGGAGAUCUUCACCCAGCUGAUCCGUCUGAUGGAGAAACGCCGCUCUGAGGUGGAGCAGCAGGUCAGAUCCCAGCAGGAACGUGAAGUGAGUCGAGUCAAAGGGCUUCAGGAGAAACUGGAGCAGGAGAUCACUGAGCUGAAGAGGAAAGACGCUGAUCUGCAGAAGCUCUCACUCACAGAGGACCACAACCAGUUUCUGCACAGCUACCCCUCACUGUCAGAACCGGGUCAACCUGCAGACUCAUCCAGGAUCAACAUCCGUCCUCUGAGAUACUUUGAGGAGGUGACAGCAGCUGUGUCAGAGGUCAGAGAGAAACUCCAGGAUCUUCUGACAGAGACGUGGACAAACGUCUCACAGGCAGUGACUGAAGUGGAUGUUUUACUGUUAGAACCACCAGGACCAGCAGAACCCAAGACCAGAGCUGGUUUCUUAAGAUAUUCACAAAGAAUCACAGUGGAUCCAAACACAGCAAACAGACAUCUGUUAUUAUCUGAUGGAAACAGAAGAGCAACAAAUACAACAGAAGAACAGUCUUAUCCUGAUCAUCCAGACAGAUUCACUGGUUUGGUUCAGGUCCUGAGUAGAGAGAGUCUGACUGGACGUUGUUACUGGGAGGUGGACUGGAGAGGGGGCUGGGUUGGUGUAGCAGUCGCAUACAAGACUAUCAGGAGAGACGGGAACUCAUGGGAUUGUUUAUUUGGAUACAAUGACAAAUCUUGGAGGUUAGUCUGUACUAAAGACAGUUAUGGAUUUGAUCACAACAAAGUCUGCACUGAUGUCUCAGGUCCUCAGUCCUCCAGAGUUGGAGUGUACCUGGAUCACAGAGCAGGUAUUCUGUCCUUCUACAGCGUCUCUGAAACCAUGACUCUCCUCCACAGAGUCCAGACCACAUUCACUGAACCUCUACAUGCUGGACUGACGUUAGACUGGUCUGAUGGAGCCUCUGCUGAGUUUCUAGAAGUGAACUAAAGAGAAUUUUGAGUCCAUCAGACCAAAAUCAUGGACUGAGAUCCUUGAACUCUUGAAAUGUUCUGGUUUGUAAAUGUUUGUGGAUCAGUCUCACCAAAAACUCUGGGUUUAGUUCUUCAUUUCAGCUUUUUGAUUCUUUUCUAAAGAUGCUGAUUUGGUCGCAGCUUUAAGGACAGUGAUUGUGGAGAACUUUGAUUGUUUGUAUUUCUCAUGUUGAAAAAUCUUCAUCAAGUUUGAUAUCAACAACAUCAAGAUGAUGGUUUGUUCAAAUCACCUUCAGUUGGUGCAGAUGUUGAAGGUCUGAGACUUUAGAAAAAAGUGAGGUCAAAAUCACAGAAAAAGGACGACCUUAUUUCCUGUCCCAAAUCCAAGCGUCUAAAGUCUUUCCAGUCGUCCCCAAAAACUCUUCAGAUGAUCUGUUUCUUUCUCUGUUUGCUGAAUAUUUGUGUUCAUGUGAUCGAUGGAUAUUUCUGUCUGCUUCUGUUGGAUCAGUGUGUUUGUAAAGACAUCUAGAAUCAGACUUUGGACAGAUCUACAUGUUGUUAUGAGCUUUUCAAUCACUCUAAUAAUAAUAAUCACAUUUAUUAGUCCGACUGUUUGGAUGUUUCUGACUCAGCUCAGAUUGUGGUCAAGUCUCUGAUUGUGGGUAAAAAAAUCAUAAAAAUCCUCAAACUGAGUCACUGAAAUCACCUCGUCUGUUUGUCUUUAUUGUGUCUGUUUCUGCUGGAUGUCAUGUUACCGCUCCGUCAGAGUUUCUUUUUGACCAUAAAAGAGAAAUGAGACUUAUUUCUGUGGUCAAACUCACGUCUCUCACUUCUGUCAGUCCAAACUUAGAGAUACAGACAGAGAGAGAUUUGGAUUUAAAGACAAACUUCAUGUAAAAACGACUUUAAUCCCGUUAAUCCCUGACUCUUUAGACUUAAUCUGGAUUUUAAACGUGUUUAAAGUUGUUUCACAUUUUGUAAAGUUUUAAGUCCACAUCAACUCAGAACUCCAGGGUCCUGGUCCAGGAUCAGGAAACUCUGAUCUGUGUCCUGAUUUGUGAGUCCAAUAAAAAGUUCGUUAUGAUUCCGACUUUUAGAUUUAUUAUUCCGAUAAAAGCGGCGCUGCUUCAUCUGUGUGGUGCAGACGUUCGUAGACACGCCCACAGCUGGCUGUAAACACCAGAGGAGAUAACGACAGGAAGUUCACAGUCCAAGUUCAUGGAGUCACGAGGGGGGGGGGUCAGUGUUCAUAUGAGAGAGUCCAGCUGAUCUCUAGUCUAAGGAAAGAAGUCUGGUCCACGAGAAGAAAACCGACUUAAAGGUGAAGUAGACAGGAAUCUGUUAAAGAAGCAUUUUUUUUAUUUUGUGGUUUUUAUACAAAAAUCUUUUAAUAUCAGUCAAUAGUUAUUAGUUAUUGAUGACAUUUGGUAAUAUAUCGAUAUCUCUGUGUUCUCUUAUGUCUGUGUCGUCAACAUUUGAACAUUUUUGAGCGGUCCGCUCUUUCUGACUGUAAACAAAGCCGUUCUCCACCUCCUCUAACCUGAUUGGUUGUGAGGCGGACGCUGCUCCCCCGUGUCGUUCAGGAGCCCAAACAAAGUUAGCGUGCUACAAUAUCGGACAGUAGAAACCAACCAGAAAGUUCGGAAAAUUGUCUGAAUCCUCCUUUGGCCACGACUGCCGACACAAGCAAGAAAACAAAGUAAAUACCGGAGACUCUGGAGGAAUAACGGGCGCUUAAAACGGAGGUAGACCGGACAAGAGCUAAAAAGCCGGGUCAACAUAAACCAUGGGGGACGCUUGGGGAUCUUGGUGACCCUGUAACCUUUCUGCUGGACAGGUAAACCGCUUUAACAAAGUAAGACAAGUGUCUGUAACAGAAGUGUUUCUUGUCAAACGGACCUGCUGUAGCGUGUUGUAGCGCCAUCGCUAAACUGUCCUCCCUCUGGUCCUGGACUAUGUCACUUUAUCCUCGUUGUAGAAGUCCUGCAAACAUUGUGUUUGCUGGUAGUCUGUUGGCAUCUACAGUAGCACCAAUGCUUUUGACUUUCACCUUGACUGGGCCCCAUUUGUAAUGAUCUGAAGUAUUUAUCUGCAUUAUAUCUGAAUUUAACUGGAACGAUACGAGCGAGCAGGAGCGUCUGUUUGUGGGCGGGGCUUGAGAAAGAGAGAGAGGGAGAGAGAGAGAGAGAGAGAGAGAGAGAGAGAGUGUUUCUCUGUGUUGUCUCUUUAACUCUGUGGCUCUAAAACAGUUGAAGUGUGUUUCUGCUCGAUGAGGUUUCUAUGAGGUGAAUAAAUGUUGGUUCAGUUGAUCUUCAGGACGGCUGCAGCUUUAAGAACUUCUGCUUGUUGGAGUUUGAGAGUCUAAAGUUCACAGAGACACUCCUCAUCCUGGAUUAUAAACAAACUGGAUAACCUCUCCCAGAUCUGAUCAGGUCCAAAGUCUGAAGAUGGGUGUAACCAACAUAAACUGAGCUGACUUUAGAUCAGAGCUCAGACCAGGAAAUAAAACUCAGUCAGUCGUCGUCGACAGCGAGUGUUGAAAUGGCGCAGAAAGGAGUUCAUCUGGACCGUGAGUCUUUCUCUUGUUCCAUCUGUUUGGAUCUUCUGAAGGAUCCGGGGACUGUCACCUGUGGACACAGCUUCUGCAUGAGCUGUAUUCAAUCCUACUGGGAUACUGAGGAUGAGAAGAAGAUCUACAGCUGUCCUCAGUGUAGAGAGACCUUCAUACCGAGGCCUGUCCUGAAGAAAAACACCCUGUUAGCAGGUUUAGUGGAGGAAGUGAAGAAGAGCGGACUCCAGGCUGCUCCUGAUGGUUCCUCUGAGGCUGGACCUGAAGAUGUGGCCUGUGACGUCUGCAGUGGGAGAAAACUGAAAGCUGUCAAGUCCUGUCUGGUCUGUUUGAUCUCAUUUUGUGAAAAACACCUCCAGCCUCAUUAUGAAUCUCCUGCCUAUGCUAAACACAAGCUGGUGGAGCCCUCCAAGAAGCUCCAGGAGAACAUUUGCUCUCGUCAUGAUGAGGUGAUGAAGAUCUUCUGCCGCACUGAUCAGAAGUCCAUCUGUCAUCUCUGCUGUUUGGACCAACACAAAGGUCACGACACAGUCUCAGCUGCAGCAGAAAGGACUGAGAGGCAGAAAGAUCUGGAGGAGAGUCGAGGAAACAUCCAGCAGAGAAUCCAGGACAGAGAAGAAGAUGUGAAGCUGCUCCAACAGGAGGUGGAGGCUAUCAACGGCUCUGCUGAUAAAGCUGUGGACCACAGCCAGAAGAUCUUCAGCCAGCUGAUCCGUCUGAUGGAGAAACGCCGCUCUGAGGUGGAGCAGCAGGUCAGAUCCCAGCAGGAACGUGAAGUGAGUCGAGUCAAAGAGCUUCAGGAGAAACUGGAGCAGGAGAUCACUGAGCUGAAGAGGAAAGACGCUGAUCUGCAGAAGCUCUCACUCACAGAGGACCACAACCAGUUUCUGCACAGCUACCCCUCACUGUCAGAACCGGGUCAACCUGCAGACUCAUCCAGGAUCAACAUCCGUCCUCAGAGAUACUUUGAGGAGGUGACAGCAGCUGUGUCAGAGGUCAGAGAGAAACUCCAGGAUCUUCUGAGAGAGACGUGGACAAACGUCUCACAGGCCGUGACUGAAGUGGAUGUUUUACUGUCAGAACCACCAGGACCAGCAGAACCCAAGACCAGAGCUGGUUUCUUAAGAUAUUCACGAAGAAUCACACUGGAUCCAAACACAGCAUACAGACGACUGUUAUUAUCUGAUGGAAACAGAAGAGCAACAAAGACAGAAGAAGAAGAAGAAGAACAGUCUUAUCCUGAUCAUCCAGACAGAUUCACUUAUUAUGAACAGGUCCUGAGUAGAGAGAGUCUGACUGGACGUUGUUACUGGGAGGUGGACUGGAGAGGGGACUGGGUUUAUGUAGCAGUCGCAUACAAGACUAUCAGGAGAGACGGGGACUCAUGGGAUUGUUUAUUUGGAUACAAUGACAAAUCUUGGAGUUUAUACUGUUCUAAAAACAGUUAUGAAUUUGGUCACAACAAAGUCUUCACUGAUGUCUCAGGUCCUCUGUCCUCCAGAGUAGGAGUGUACCUGGAUCACAGAGCAGGUAUUCUGUCCUUCUACAGCGUCUCUGAAACCAUGACUCUCCUCCACAGAGUCCAGACCACAUUCACUGAACCUCUACAUGCUGGACUAAGGUUACCCUGGUCUGAUGGAGACUCUGCUGAGUUUAUUAAACUGAACUAAAGAGAAUUUUGAGUCCAUCAGACCAAAAUCAUGGACUGAGAUCCUUGAACUCUUGAAAUGUUCUGGUUUGUAAAUGUUUGUGGAUCAGUCUCACCAAAAACUCUGGGUUUAGUUCUUCAUUUCAGCUUUUUGAUUCUUUUCUAAAGAUGCUGAUUUGGUCGCAGCUUUAAGGACAGUGAUUGUGGAGAACUUUGAUUGUUUGUAUUUCUCAUGUUGAAAAAUCUUCAUACAGUUUGAUAUCAACAACAUCAAGAUGAUGGUUUGUUCAAAUCACCUUCAGUUGGUGCAGAUGUUGAAGGUCUGAGACUUUAGAAAAAAGUGAGGUCAAAAUCACAGAAAAAGGACGACCUUAUUUCCUGUCCCAAAUCCAAGCGUCUAAAGUCUUUCCAGUCGUCCCCAAAAACUCUUCAGAUGAUCUGUUUCUUUCUCUGUUUGCUGAAUAUUUGUGUUCAUGUGAUCGAUGGAUAUUUCUGUCUGCUUCUGUUGGAUCAGUGUGUUUGUAAAGACAUCUAGAAUCAGACUUUGGACAGAUCUACAUGUUGUUAUGAGCUUUUCAAUCACUCUAAUAAUAAUAAUCACAUUUAUUAGUCCGACUGUUUGGAUGUUUCUGACUCAGCUCAGAUUGUGGUCAAGUCUCUGAUUGUGGGUAAAAAAAUCAUAAAAAUCCUCAAACUGAGUCACUGAAAUCACCUCGUCUGUUUGUCUUUAUUGUGUCUGUUUCUGCUGGAUGUCAUGUUACCGCUCCGUCAGAGUUUCUUUUUGACCAUAAAAGAGAAAUGAGACUUAUUUCUGUGGUCAAACUCACGUCUCUCACUUCUGUCAGUCCAAACUUAGAGAUACAGACAGAGAGAGAUUUGGAUUUAAAGACAAACUUCAUGUAAAAACGACUUUAAUCCCGUUAAUCCCUGACUCUUUAGAGUUAAUCUGGAUUUUAAACGUGUUUAAAGUUGUUUCACAUUUUGUAAAGUUUUAAGUCCACAUCAACUCAGAACUCCAGGGUCCUGGUCCAGGAUCAGGAAACUCUGAGCUGUGUCCUGAUUUGUGAGUCCAAUAAAAAGUUCGUUAUGAUUCCGACUUUUAGAUUUAUUAUUCCGAUAAAAGCGGCGCUGCUUCAUCUGUGUGGUGCAGACGUUCGUAGACACGCCCACAGCUGGCUGUAAACACCAGAGGAGAUAACGACAGUAAGUUCACAGUCCAAGUUCAUGGAGUCACGAGUUCAUGAUGGAGGACAGCAUGUGAGAGACGAACCAGAGUUCAGGUUUAUGAGCCGAUUAUGGUUUUAUACAGACUGAUGGAUCAGGAUCAGAUCUCCACAACAUGAACUCACCCUGAGAGAGAGAGAGAGAGAGAGAGAGAGAGAGAGAGAGAGAGAGAGAGAGAGAGAGAGAGAGAGAGAGAGAGAGAGAGAGAGAGAGAGAGAGAGAGAGAGAGAGAGAGAGAGAGAGACAGAGAGAGAGAGAGAGAGAGAGAGAGAGAGAGAGGGGGGAGAAGUCUGGUCCACAAGAAGAAAACCGACUUAAAGGUGAAGUAGACAGGACUCUGUUAAAGAAGCAUCUUUUUAUUUUGUGGUUUUUAUACAAAAAUCUUUUACUAUCAGUCAAUAGUUAUUAGUUAUUGAUGACAUUUGGUAAUAUAUCGAUAUCUCUGUGUUCUCUUAUGUCUGUGUCGUCAACAUUUGAACAUUUUUGAGCGGUCCGCUCUUUCUGACUGUAAACAAAGCCGUUCUCCACCUCCUCUAACCUGAUUGGUUGUGAGGCAGACGCUGCUCCCCCGUGUCGUUCAGGAGCCCAAACAAAGUUAGCGUGCUACAAUAUCGGACAGUAGAAACCAACCAGAAAGUUCGGAAAAUUGUCUGAAUCCUCCUUUGGCCACGACUGCCGACACAAGCAAGAAAACGAAGUAAAUACCGGAGACUCUGGAGGAAUAACGGGCGCUUAAAACGGAGGUAGACCGGACAAGAGCUAAAAAGACGGGUCAACAUAAACGAUGGGGGACGCUUGGGGAUCUUGGUGACCCUGUAACCUUUCUGCUGGACAGGUAAACCGCUUUAACAAAGUAAGACAAGUGUCUGUAACAGAAGUGUUUCUUGUCAAACGGACCUGCUGUAGCGUGUUGUAGCGCCAUCGCUAAACUGUCCUCCCUCGGGUCCUGGACUAUGUCACUUUAUCCUCGUUGUAGAAGUCCUGCAAACAUUGUGUUUGCUGGUAGUCUGUUGGCAUCUACAGUAGCACCAAUGCUUUUGACUUUCACCUUGACUGGGCCCCAUUUGUAAUGAUCUGAAGUAUUUAUCUGCAUUAUAUCUGAAUUUAAUUGGAACGAUACGAGCGAGCAGGAGCGUCUGUUUGUGGGCGGGGCUUGAGGGGAGAGGAGGAGCUGAGGGGAAAACUGGUUGGGAGGGGUAGAGUUUACAUUCAAGAUUUCUCCUAAAAACUGGAACUAACUCAGAUCCUGACUACAACACCUUUAACUUC